GCGCCAUCGACAGAGGAGCAGUGCGAUUGGCUGAGACAGGCAGACUAGCGCUCGUCGCGGCCAGCGCGGCUACUAAUCAAUCUAAACAGAAAAAACGAAACCAACCGCCAACAAAUUGCCACGGGGCGAGGUAUACAUGAUCACAGCUACUGCCGCACCUUACUCUCUCAGCUUACAUUAUUUUAAUCAUUUCAGCGAGUUCUUUUUUUAAUUUCACAUCGUGAAACUCUGUCUAUUUUUUUUGUUUAUAUUUUUCCUUUUAACAAGCCUUUUAGACUCUUUAUAAAAAUAAUAAGUGUAUUGAUAUCGGUAUCAGUGCAGCCUACGUUCGCCAGCUCUCGCAGCGUAGCUUGUUUAUAUUAUUGUUAUUGCGCACCUGGGUCACAACGCCGAUUCUCACCAUUGGAAUUAGUCUCGCGAAGAUUGUGGUUUAAAGUACAUGUUUUGAGGUUGUCAACAGGACAUUUUAUCGUUUUCGUUCUCCAAUGGAUCCAGAAAUGAUUGAUAGUAUUGAAAUGGCACCUCCACCUGCUGUAUGUUCUAGAACGGAGUUAUCAAAAAGUGCCGAAAAUCUUGCUGUGGAUCAGAGGAUUAAGAAGAAAGCCAAACGACUCACCAGGCAUUUGUCUAAGGAAGGUGUCCCGAAUGGAGUACACGUUAUUCAGACCACCCGGAGCUGGAAAAAUACCAGAAGACCAAGAAAUGGCUAUGGAAGAGGACUACCCAAGAAAGGAGGAGCAGGAGGUAAAGGUGUUUGGGGAAAAUUGGGUUCAGAACUAGAAGAAGAAGACAUUGAUAAGAAUGAUCCAAAUUAUGACAGUGAUUCUCUUGAACAUGGGGAAAUCGAACUGGCCACCGUAAUUCCCGAAGCUCCGGAUGAAGAGUUAAGGAAAAGCGGAGAAAUGAUUAUUCUUGAAUACUAUGAGCACGGCGAAUCAAGUGAAGCUGCUAUAGCAUUCGAUGAGUUGAAUUUUCAUAAUAAGAAGCAUAUGAUACCCCAACUGGCUAUCGAGAUAGCUUUGGAUCAUAAACCAUCUCAUAGGGAGAUGACCUCUCGUUUGAUCUCAGAUCUGUAUGGACAAUUGAUCAAGCAGAGAGAUAUUGCCAACGCAUUUGAUCGAUUGCUGAAGGAUUUGCCAGAUCUAAUUCUGGAUACUCCUGACGCACCGACGGCGCUUGGUAACUUUUUAGCAAGGGCUAUCGCCGAUGAUUGUGUGCCUCCUAAGUUAAUAGAAGUACUUAAGGAAAAAGCUGAGACUGAUAUCGCUAAGCAAGUUUUGUUAAGAGCUGAUACUCUAUUGUCCAUGAAACAUGGACUCGCUCGGCUCGAUAACGUCUGGGGAGUCGGUGGUGGCUUGCGCCCCGUCAAAUCCCUUAUUAGGCAGAUGAUUCUGUUACUCCAAGAGUAUAUUUCAUCUGGUGAUCUCAAAGAAGCAACCCGUUGCUUAUUAGAUUUAGAGGUGCCACAUUUUCACCAUGAAUUGGUUUAUGAGGCCAUUGUGAUGACAUUGGAAGCAAUAAGUACUACUGUAGAAGAACAAAUGUGUAAAUUUUUAAAAUCCCUUUCUGCAGCUAUCAUUAUCACACCCGAUAUGAUGGAAAGAGGUUUUCUUAGAGUUUUCGAAGAUAUGCCGGAUAUUAUUUUAGACGUACCUCUCGCUAGUACGGUACUGGAAAGAUUUGUCGACCAAUGUUAUAAGGCUGGUUUUAUAAGCGAUGAGUUAAUAAAGAGAAUGCCCAUGAGGGGAAGGAAGCGGUUCGUGUCCGAAGGUGAUGGAGGACGCGUUAAAGAUCACACUGUUACCUUUCAUUAGACGAGCCCAGAUAAAAAAUACCUCGUUAUUACCGAUAUCGGUAGUAAUUACAAAUGUUGCUUUGUUUCUAUAUAGAUAUGUAUAUAGCUGACAUCAGUAUUUGUGUUCCUUUAUAUUCUUUGUGCCACAAUACAAAAUAAUAAUAAUGAUAGCGGCCUACGCCGUCAGAAGUGCUUCUUUAUUUUUUUUUUUUCUUCGAUAUUUUGAAGAGAGCUAACCUGUUCUUUUACACCUCUAGAGGUAGUCUCUUUCAUACCCAUCUUAAUAACAAGUCUUCAUUGUGGGAUACAGAUAAGGAUCGGAUUAUAUGAUUACCCAAAUUAUUUCUUAAAAGACAGUAUAGUUUAUACUAUGAUAAUAACUCUUUUAUAUAGAUUUCCAUUUUUUCCUUAUUUUUUUUUUUUAAGAUUAAGGUACUGCUUUAAUAUUGUUUAAAAAAAAAAAAAAAAAAUCUGUUGCUUUUCUGCUAAUUAAAUUAGCAGGAUUUACAGUGUAAGUUAAGUACGUUGAAUAAUUUGUUAACAUUUUAAUGAUUCCCUUUUUAACCAUAAUUUUAUCAAAGGGUGAUAGACAUAUAAUUGUACAGUAGACUUCAUUUCGUUCGUAUGAAGUAUGUUAUUGAAGUAAGACUUUGAAAGCAUUUUCUAUUUCAAAUUUGUUAAAUGAUGCAUGAAAAAUAUAAAUUGAGUAAAGAAUUUUAUUGUUUA